CGUUCGAAUUGGUUAGCAGCGCAAGAUCUGGAUUUGUACAUGCUGCGUUUCAUGCUAUUGCAGCUAACAAGAAUUACUAGCUCGGAUCGUAAUCGUAAGCGUGGACGAUGGCUGCUGGUAGUGAUCCUAUCUCCACGCCGGGCUUCCGGUUCUAUCCGACGGAGGAGGAGCUGAUCAGCUUCUACCUCCGCCACCGCCUUGCCGGCACGAGGCCGGAGGUCGAGCGGUUCAUCCCCGUCGUCGACAUCUACAGCUACCAUCCUCGCGACCUCCAGUCGAUGGCAGGAGCGGCGAACGUGGGCGACGCGGAGCAGUGGUUCUUCUUCUGCCCCAGAGCGGAGAGGGAGCUGCACGGCGGCCGGCCGGCACGCACCACGCCGUUCGGGUACUGGAAGGCCACGGGCUCACCGUCCUACGUGUUCUCCACGUCGGCCAGCAGGGUGAUCGGGGAGAAGCGGACCAUGGUCUUCUACCUGGGCCGCGCCCCCACGGGCAACAAGACCAGGUGGAAGAUGAACGAGUACAAGGCCGUCGCCGUCGCCGACCCCGAUCCGGCCACCGCCGCCGCGGCGCCAAUGUCACAUCUCAGGUUGAGGAACGAAUUCAGCGUGUGCCGGGUGUACAUCAAUACCGGCACGCUGAGGUCCUUCGAUCGCCGCCCCCUCAACCCGUCCGGCCGCCACGAUCAAGCUGCCCACCACCACCACCGACAACAAAAUGUAUUACCACCAGCGGCGAACACGAAUAACCAGAUCGCCGCCGACGUCGCCGCCGACGGACAGGCGGAGAACUCUCACGACAGCUCGUCGUCGGGGUCGCGAGGGGUCGUCGUCGAUGGAACCGAAGACGCCGACGCCAUCGACUGGGACUCGCUCAUCACUACUGCUGAUGAUUUAAGUUUCAGCGUCGAUGACAUUGGUCGUGCCAUUUGGCCCCAAAUUUGACACCUGGUGUGUACGCUAAAUUUGUAAAUUAGUCCGGUGAUUGUAAGAGAAGGAUUGGAUUGGUAGCAUAAGUUCACAGGCUGAACUGAAAGGGAAAGUGAGGUACAAGUUCACCACAGUGUUACUACUAGAGUACGCUUUCUUUUAAAGCAUGAAACAACUACUAGAUUAAUCUGGAGAAGAAGAUAUAUUAACCAGUUUC